AAGUUUUUCCUUCUUGGAAGUGACAAAACAACAAUUCCAUCUAGAGUAGAGAAAACGCCUCCUGUAACACCUCCGAUUGCACCCAAGAGGAACGGCAACUAUMUACGCAAAUAGAUACCCAAGUAUACUACACCGCAAAGUGACGGAGAAAACGUCGCACCGAAUUCCGAGAUCCUUCCUUGCUCGUUUCCGGAUUGAUUCUCAUCUCACGCAUCACACUGCUACAUCAUAAUACAUACUUCUGUAAUACGCCAAGGCAACAACGACUAAAAUGAAGAACUUGUCCGCCAACAAAAUGGUCGCCCUUGCGGCGUGCGCUGCUGCUUCUGCGACGUCAUCGACAUCGACCACGGCCUCGGCGCUGUCGACGGCUCCUUCGACAACGGAAGCGGGGGUAUCGCAUUGGGUGGCACGGAUAGCUAGAGGCGGUGCCGGAAAGAACAACCAGGACGACGACAAUGACGACGGAAACAGCACUGCGAACAAGCCCAAAAAGUCGUCGUCGUCGAACAAAAAGAAAAAAUCGGCGAAAUCCAAACGAGAGGAAAAGGCCAGCAACAAAACCAAGAGCAAAACCAAAGGCAAAUCGGACGCAGCUGGAGAAACGACGAAGAAAAAUGCCAACCCAUUGCUGGAAGAAAUCGGACACGAUGAUUUCUACGACGUUCUGGGGGUAACCAACACGGCAUCUGAACGAGAAAUACAAAAAGCUUAUAGGAAACGAUGUGUCCAGACCCACCCCGACAAGACGGGCGGGGAUCGCCGCGCCUUUGACAAGGUCGCGGAGGCCUACGCCGUCCUGUCGGAGCCCUCUAAGCGGCAGAUCUACAACCGGUACGGAAAGGAAGGUCUGGACCCUACUUCUGCCGCCGGGAGCGGUGCCGCCUUCGGAGGCGGCGGAGCGGCAGCGGAUAUGUUUCGCAGCAUGUUCCAGCAGCAACAGCAGCAGCGGCAGGCGAGGCGCAACCAGACCCUCCGGUACCAGUUGGAGGUAACCCUUGAGGAUUUGUACUUUGGAAGAACCCGGAGUGUCACUGUGUCGUCACCGUAUAGCCGCUACYACCAAACCUCGAACUAUCAGCGACAAAAAGGCAAGCAGGUGGAGGUGAACAUACAGAAGGGGAUGGUGUCCGGCCAAUCGAUCGUCAUGUCCGGGGAGGUCGAUUUCAAUGACGACAACAGCCCGCCGGGUGACCUGGUGUUUAUCCUGACCGAGGCCCCCCACUCCACCUUUACGAGAAAGGGCCACGAUCUGGCCAUGGAACUGACCAUUACGCUCGAGGAAGCACUUUGUGGGCUGAGGCGGCCCAUUCGGCACCUGGACGGGAGUGAGCUAUGGAUCGAAUCCGCCACCAAAACACGUUCCCAAAAAGGCGACAAGACGAAAGCCGAGCACGAUCGUGUCCAUGACGACGUCGACGACGACAGCAGUAGCAACAGCGGUGACGACAUUCCAACUUCGAUACCGAUAACGAUCCAAACCGGGGACGUCCAGGUCCUAAAGGGAAGAGGAAUGCCGAAGCGGAACCGCAGCGGCGAGUUCGGAGACCUUUACAUUCAGUAUCGUGUAGAAAUGCCGAAAAACUCGAACCAGAGCAAGAGCCCUUCCGGCAACGCACUGACKAACGACGAGUACAAAGAACUGGCUAGACUGCUGUCCAAACUAGGCGAAACCACCAGCAGUAAGGAUUCCACCACCCGGCGAACGAACUCCAGGACCGGCACCAAGGACGAAGAACAAACACGGCGUGAACAACUGCCACCACCCGAAAUCCAUUCCCUCGCGCAAGCAAAGGCCUCCGAGUACGGAACCGCGAGCGGAACGGUGGAAUGGGAACACGACGAGGCCGGGAGCGGCUUUCACGAAGACCACGGGGACGAAUACCAUCCAUUUGCCUCGAGCUUUUUUGGUGGCCAGGGCUUUGGGGGUGGUGCCCGAACCUAUUCGCAGAGCUUUCACUUUGGUGGCGGAGCUGGUGGUGGCAAUCCCUUUGGAGGAAACCCAGGUGGCGACGACGAUGGCAAUGUUCAGUGCCAGCAGAUGUAGGGUCCUCUAGUAAAAAUACUGUUUCUCUUCAACCAUGUGGACUCCUUCUUUAGCAUUUUUCAAUAAAGAUUUUCGAAUGCGUUGUCCUUGCAUGCUCCUUGAUCUAUUUGCAGGUGAUGCUACUUUUGUGCUUUUCAACAUUCACCAACUGAAUCCAAUAGAUGUUCAACCUGCAACCAACCAAGGGGGCUUGGGCAGAACUACGGUACCAUACCGCGCGUAACCUACAUUCCCGAUCCAUACUAGAAGCCAUGAAAAACAGUUUACUUUGUCAAGGAAGCAUCCGUGUACUACAGUUUCAAUCGGUUGCUGUCGAUCGAUUACUGCAGAGGUCUACAAAGCCAUCAGAACAGUUGGCAAGAAUUUCUGGAUUGGUCCAUCAAACGUUCGCGACCCAAUGUCAAGCAC